AUGGCACCUUUCAACUCUGCUCUGCUCACCUUUUCUCCUACUCCUGAGCCUGAUGUGCACCCUGUCUUCCCAGCCGAGGAGACUGACACACCAGUCCAAGAGGUCCCAGAGACUGAAGAGAAAAAGGUAUUCCAUUCUUGGGCCACGCUAUUGCAGGCAUUGGACACCCAGGUCAAAAUCAUUCCUGGUGAUAAUCCUGAGUUGUUUGAGGAUAGAGAGACAUGGAUGCACAGUUGGACGGCACAUUUGAAGAUAGAGCUUGAAUUCAACAAUGCCGGAGAGAAGACAUUGGAGGAAGGUAAACGCACUUACAAGGCUUUCUUGAAGGACAUUUGCAAGAUCAAGGAAAGGGCUGUUGUGGUUCCCAUUCCUCAGACUCCUGACAUCAUGGACAUUGAUUUAUCUGGGUCUGGAGAGUCUGAGGUUGAGGAGAAGGAGGUGCCUAUUUGCACUAUCAAGGCCUUGCCUUCCUGUGCAGUUAAAGCUGACAAGGGUAAAGAGAGCAUGCACAGUGUCCCUACUGAUGGCAUUGAUGAGGUUGAGAGUCAGGUGGAAUGUCUCAGGGCUGAGAACCAACACCUCAAGAGCAUUAUCUGCACAAUACGCCAAAGUAGGUGCUCUCAGCAGAGUUGUCUUAUCACGCUGUCUCACCAGGCCUAUUCCAUGUCAACUGAAUUGGUGCAUUUGGAUGAGGAUCUUGCCUUCCUCGAUUAG